ACUAUGCAGUUUGUGGCUAAGAUCUCGCUGUCCCUGUUCCUGCUGACUUCCGCCGUCACCAGCUCCUACUUAAACAGCGUGAAGUUCCGACGCGACGGGAUCGCCUAUGUCAAUCCGUACCCCAGGAUCGGACGGUCGUCGGGCCAGACCUGGCUGGUGCCGAUAAAAGGAGAGUUUACAGGUGAAGAGCUCUCGAAGCGGCUGAUGCAUGCGUUUCCCCGGAUAGGACGGAGGAGCAUGCCUCGGCAAGCGGACCUGGUCGACAUGCUGCAGGAGACCAAGAGGGAGAGCAGUGAGGAGGGGAUGUGGUUCGGGCCAAGGUUGGGCCGCAGCUUCAGAGGGGAUGACGAUGACACAGCACAGAACGAUGUAGAAAGAAAUGACCUUGGAGCAAUGGAGGAACCAGAGAGAAGGAAGCGACAAAUACCCCACACAGAGAUAACUAACUAAACCUUACUUGUUGCCCCUUUACCCUAUUUUAUGUUACGUAAUAAAUAUUUUUAAAUAUGUGUUAUGUUUAAUCGUUUCAUUAUUAAAAUAUAUUCUAUAAUCUUAUUGUAUCAUGUUAGCUACUAAUACAUUUAAAAGCAAUUCCUGAAUUUUUGUGAUCAUUUAUGUCGCCAAAGAAUUAUUGUGCCAAGUUACUUAUAAUCUUCUUACAUUGUUAAAGUAUUUAUUGUAUCUAUAUAAGUAUUACUAGGACUUCUAAUAGAAUUCUAGUACCUCGUUGGCUUUUAUAAUAACGAUAAUUUUGUAGGAAUUGUCUUGGGCUGGGUGGAUUCGGUUUAAACAAAUCUACAUCAUGAUUCCGACAAUAUUAUCCUAGUAUUAGUGAUUGAAGUGAAAUAAAGAAAUGCAACGAUUUC